CCCCCCAUCCGUGCCUCCUUCCGCCACCCCACAUGCACACAAAGCACAUCCCCAGCCUUGACCCCUCCCCCAGACCUAGUUCGUCCCAAGGCCUGCCUUCUUCCUCACAUGCAGCACAUCCCCAACUCUCUUUCCCUAGACCUUCCCCUCCCCCUUCCUAGCCUCCCUCCACCCCCACCCCACACUCAGUGAACAUCUCCAGGCUUACCCCUCUUCCAGACUCUCCUAACACUUCUUUACACACAGUGCACAUUCCUAGGCUUGACCUCUUCCCUAGACUCUUCACAUUCCCACUUCCUUUCCCUGCCUUUCCUCCCGACCCCAACUCCCCCCACAGUCACACACUCCACAGCUUGAGCCUCAGGAAUGCAGAUACUCUCCACACCCUGCACCCACCCAGUCCAUAAUCACACAGUCUGUCUCCCCUUGACCUUCCCCCUAUUUACACUGCACAUACUCAGACAUGUUGACACUCCCAUCCCCACCUGUUCUCCUUCCUUUAAGGACUCACACUCAGUACAUUCUCCAGCCCCAAGCAUGCUGACAUCUACCCCGUCCCUGGUCUCUCCUCCAGAUCCUGUCCAAUCCUACCUACAUACCCUACAGAUGCCAGUUCCCCCAAAGCAAUCCCCUACCUAGGUCCCUCCCCAGAAGCUGCUGCCCCAGGUAGGUUGACACUCUGCAUCCAUUCUUGGUUAUCUUUACUCCCACUUUCCAGUUCUACCCCCAAGCUCCCUGAACUAUGUCCCCUUCCCUAUAAACCCUCCCUCAUCCCCGCCAAUGCCUGGAGAUUCACCUUUGGACGGGCUGGGUGCCCUCCUCCAGUUAUCCCAAUGGUCCCCAUUCACGUGCACAGCCUGAUAUCUGAUUACCUACUCUUUGGUGACCAUUCACACUUCUGGGAGGAUUAGGUCUUCAGCCCAGACAAGGUGACAUUUCUUAUCCUCAACUAUUCCCAAUCCUAGAGGCCCACCCUUGCUGGAGAUCCCCACACACACUUUGCAGCUCUGUCCCCAGGCAUCCUGAAUUUCCCUCUUGGGACUCCCCAUCUUCAGUUCUCUACCGGAAAUCCCUAGCUGGACUGUGCUCCUGCUCCCCAGGUAUCACACCUCACUCCUCUCGCACAUAGACUGAUAACCAGCCUAUGGUGUCCAUUCAUAUCUUUUGGACAAACCAUCUCACCAAACUAGCAUUGUUCCUGAACAGCUACAAGAUCCUUGACCCGUCUGGUACUUCAUUUCCUUCCCACCAGAUCCCUUGAACCCUCCCACAUGUCAGUCAAUGAAUACACCUCAUGUCAGACCUCUUUUCUUUCUAGUACCCCAAAUCCCUUCUCUUAUUCCAUUUGUCUCAAGCAGCCUACCUCAGUCUUUUUGUUUUUAUCUGUAUCCCAUAGGCCAUCUGUGACAGCCCCCUCCCCCAAGUCUCUCCUUUCCUGGGGUCUUGGUGCCCAGUAUAGAGAGAGAAGCCUGAAUGAUGCCCAGGGGCCGGGCCUGGACCCAACAGGAGAUCAGCUGCCUCCUGACCCUGAUCCAGGACUCUGGGGAGGUCACGUUGCUCAUGGCCUCCACUUCAAGGCCUAAUGAGGCCUUGUGGCAGUCCAUCUCCCAAGGGCUGGGGGCAUCAGGCUACGGUCGAAGUGUGGCUCAGUGCCGAUCCAAGUGGAAAGCACUGAAGCAAGCCUUCUAUUCAGAGUGGGAGACCAGCCGCCAGGCAGGAGGUCCCUCCUCUCAGCCCCCGCCCCACUACCGCACCAUGAAGAGACUGUGGAAGGCUGCAGGAAGGCCAGUUUUUGGAGAGCGUCGCCUGCCAGAAGAGCCUCCAGCCUUGGUGCCAGAGAUUCCGGUCAGGCCAGAUCUGGUCCCUCAAGGAGCUAGAGAAGAGCCCACCCAUGUAUCAGGACUGCAAGGCCCUGGGAUGGUGAACCUCCUCCAGAACAUGCAGGAGCUUCUGGUACAGAUCUUGCGAACAUCGAGGCAGCAGCAGGCGCUGCUCGAGAGCUUGGCCCAAGACACCGUCUCCCACCUGCAUCUCCUGUCUGAUGGCCUGGGCCAGAUGGGCCAAACCUUGCAGGCCCUGCUGAUGCACAGCCCCAACUGGCAGAGCCCCCGGUCUCUGCUCAUGCCCACACUCGCUCCCACUGGACCUCACCCCCCUGCCCUGGGCCUUCACUCUUCCCAUACCUCCUGUGUUCCUGUUGCCCCUGCCAGCCCCUGCCUAAAGGAGGAGACCAUCCUUCCCCCACCCAGGUUUGCCCCAUUAUGAAUCUGGACCCACUCUCCCCCAAGCUGUGGUGAGAGCUCAAGCCAAUAAGACAACUCUCUCUCACCUUCCUUCUACUGCUGGUGAAUACAGAGCCCCCGGCCCCAAGUAGUCUGUUCCCAAGGCUGGAGACUUUUAUGUAAAUGUCCUCAUAUUUUAGAAAAUAUUUAAUUUAAAAGAGAAACAUGCAUCCUUUUUUUACAGUGAGAGAUUAUUUGAUUAAAAAAAUCAAAAUAGCAGGA